UCUCCCCGGGAGGCAUCACUUCGCCCGGACCCUGAGGAAGACGCGAGCCCCUCGCGGGCGGCCAGCACAGCCCAGCGCGGGGGCCGCCUCCACACGCCGCGCCCGCGCGCCCUCCGCCCCCGGCUGCCCGGGCUCCGCGCCGCGAGCAUGGGGCCCCGCCGGCCGGCCCCCGCGCCCUGGCCGCGUCACCUGCUGCGCUGCGUCCUGCUCCUCGGGGUUCUGCCCCUCGGCCGCCCCGGCGCCCCUGGGGACGCCGCCGCCGCCCUGCCGGAACCCAGUGUCUUCCUCAUCUUCAGCCAUGGACUGCAGGGGUGCCUGGAGGCCCAGGGAGGGCAAGUUCGCAUCACUCUAGCCUGCAAUGCCAGUCUUCCUGCCCAGCACUGGAAGUGGGUCUCCCGAAACCGGCUCUUCAAUCUGGGUAUCAUGCAGUGCCUGGGCACAGGCUGGCCGGGCACCAACACCACGGCCACCCUGGGCAUGUACGAAUGUGACCGGGAGGCACUGAGUCUUCGCUGGCACUGCCGCACCCUGGGUGACCAGCUCUCCCUGUUCCUGGGGGGUCGCGCUGGCAACAUGUCCAAGGCUGGUGCAUCUGAGCGUGGUGACCAGACCCGCAGUGGCCAGUGGCGCAUCUAUGGCAGUGAAGAGGAUCUUUGCGCUCGGCCAUACUAUGAGGUCUACACCAUCCAGGGAAACUCCCAUGGGAAGCCAUGCACUGUCCCCUUCAAGUAUGACAACCAGUGGUUCCACAGCUGCACCAGCACAGGCCGCGAGGACGGGCACCUGUGGUGUGCCACCACCCAGGACUACGGCAAAGACGAGCGCUGGGGCUUCUGCCCCAUCAAGAGUAAUGACUGUGAGACCUUCUGGGACAAGGAUCAGCUGACUGACAGCUGCUACCAGUUUAACUUCCAGUCCACACUGUCGUGGAGGGAGGCCUGGGCCAGCUGCGAGCAGCAGGGCGCAGACCUGCUGAGCAUCACUGAGAUCCAUGAGCAGACCUACAUCAAUGGGCUGCUCACCGGCUAUAGCUCCACACUGUGGAUUGGCCUUAAUGACCUGGACACCAGUGGAGGCUGGCAGUGGUCAGAUCAUUCACCCCUGAAGUACCUCAACUGGGAGAGUGAUCAGCCGGACAACCCAAGUGAGGAGAACUGUGGCGUGAUCCGCACGGAGUCCUCUGGUGGCUGGCAGAACCGCGACUGCAGCACUGCCCUGCCCUACGUGUGCAAGAAGAAGCCCAACGCCACCGCAGAGCCCCCGCCUCCCGACGUGUGGGCCAAUGUGAAGGUGGAGUGUGAGCCCGGCUGGCAGCCCUUCCGGGGCCACUGCUACCGCCUGCAGGCUGAGAAGCGCAGCUGGCAGGAGUCCAAGAAGGCGUGCCUGCGAGGCGGGGGCGACCUGCUCAGUAUCCACAGCGUGGCCGAGCUGGAGUUCAUCACCAAGCAGAUCAAGCAAGAGGUGGAGGAGCUGUGGAUUGGCCUCAACGAUUUGAAACUGCAAAUGAAUUUUGAGUGGUCUGAUGGAAGCCUUGUGAGCUUUACCCAUUGGCACCCGUUUGAGCCCAACAACUUCCGGGACAGCCUAGAGGACUGUGUCACCAUCUGGGGACCGGAAGGUCGCUGGAACGAUAGUCCCUGCAACCAGUCCUUGCCAUCCAUCUGCAAGAAGGCGGGCCAGCUAAGCCAGGGGGUGGCCGAGGAGGACCACGGCUGCCGGAAGGGUUGGACAUGGCACAGCCCAUCCUGCUACUGGUUGGGAGAGGACCAGGCAACCUACAGUGAGGCCCGGCGCCUCUGCACUGACCACGGCUCUCAGCUGGUCACCAUCACCAACAGGUUCGAGCAGGCCUUUGUCAGCAGCCUCAUCUACAAUUGGGACGGCGAGUACUUCUGGACCGCCCUGCAGGACCUCAACAGCACCGGUUCCUUCCGCUGGCUCAGUGGGGAUGAGGUCAUGUACACCCAUUGGAACCGGGACCAGCCUGGGUACAGCCGUGGGGGCUGUGUGGCCCUGGCCACGGGCAGUGCCAUGGGGCUGUGGGAAGUGAAGAACUGCACUGUGUUCCGGGCUCGCUACAUCUGCCGGCAGAGCCUGGGCACGCCAGUGACCCCUGAACUGCCUGGGCCAGACCCUACACCCAGCCUCACCGGCUCCUGUCCCCAGGGCUGGGCCUCAGACCCCAAACUCCGGCACUGCUAUAAGGUGUUCAGCUUGGAGCGGCUGCAGGACAAGAAGAGCUGGGUCCAGGCCCAGAGAGCCUGCCGGGACCUGGGGGCCCAGCUGCUGAGCCUGGCUAGCUAUGAGGAAGAGCACUUCGUGGCCAACAUGCUCAACAAGAUCUUCGGUGAAUCAGAGCCCGAAGUCCAUGAACAGCACUGGUUUUGGAUCGGCCUGAACCGUCGAGACCCCGGGGCCGGGCAGAGCUGGCGCUGGAGCGACGGCCUUGGGUUCUCUUACCACAAUUUCGAUCGGAGCCGACACGACGACGACGACAUCCGGGGCUGCGCAGUGCUCGACCUGGCCUCCCUGCAGUGGGUGGCCAUGCAGUGCGAGUCGCAGCUGGACUGGAUCUGCAAGAUCCCUCGAGGCACCGACGUGCGGGAGCCCGACAUCAGUCCGCAGGGCCCGCAGGAGUGGCUGCGUUUCCAGGAGGCUGAGUACAAGUUCUUCGAGCACCACUCCACGUGGGCACAGGCGCAGCUCAUCUGCACGUGGUUCCAGGCAGAGCUGGCCUCUGUGCACAGCCAGGCCGAGCUGGACUUCCUGGGGCACAACCUGCAGAAGUUUUCCAGGGGCCAGGAGCAGCACUGGUGGAUCGGCCUGCACACCUCAGAGAACGAGGGGCGGUUCAGGUGGACAGAUGGUUCCAUUAUAAACUUCAUCUCCUGGGCACCUGGCAAACCUCGGCUCAUCGGCAAGGAUAAGAAGUGUGUGUACAUGACGGCCAGCCGAGAGGACUGGGGGGACCAGAGGUGCCUGACCGCCUUGCCCUACAUCUGCAAGCGCAGCAAUAGCACCAGAGAGGCACAGGCCCCAGACCUGCCACCCACGGCCCUGGGGGGCUGCCCCCCUGGCUGGAAUCAGUUCCUCAACAAGUGUUUCCGCAUCCAGGGCCAGGAGCCCCAGGACCGGGUGAAGUGGUCAGAGGCACAGUUCUCCUGUGAACAGCAAGAGGCCCAACUGGCCACCAUUGCGAACCCCUUAGAACAAGCAUUCAUCACAGCCAGCCUGCCCAAUGUGACCUUUGACCUUUGGAUUGGCCUCCAUGCCUCGCAGAGGGACUUCCAAUGGGUGGAGCAGGAGUCUCUGCUGUACACCAACUGGGCCCCUGGGGAGCCCUCUGGCCCCAGCCCUGCUCCCAGCGGCAACAUACCAACCAGCUGUGCGGUGGUCCUGCACAGCCCCUCAGCUCACUUCACGGGCCGCUGGGAUGAUCGGAGCUGCUUGGAGGAGACGCAUGGCUUUAUCUGCCAAAAGGGCACAGACCCUUCCCUGAGCCCAUCCCCAGCAGCGUCGCCUCCAGCCCCAGGCACUGAGCUCUCCUACCUCAACGGCACCUUCCGGCUGCUGCAGAAGCCGCUGCGCUGGCCCGACGCCCUCCUGCUGUGUGAGAGCCGCAAUGCCAGCCUGGCCCACGUGCCUGACCCCUACACCCAGGCCUUCCUCACGCAGGCUGCCCGAGGGCUGCGCACACCACUCUGGAUUGGGCUGGCCAGUGGGGAGGGCUCCCGUCGAUACUCCUGGGUCUCAGAGGAGCCACUGAGCUACGUGAGCUGGCAGGAUGGGGAGCCCCAGCAGGCCGGGGGCUGUGCCUAUGUGGAUGUGGAUGGGGCCUGGCGCACCACCAGCUGUGACACCAAGUUGCAGGGGGCAGUGUGUGGAGUGAACAGUGGGCCCCCUCCUCCCCGAAGAAUAGGCUACCGUGGCAGCUGUCCCCAGGGCCUGGCCGACUCUGCGUGGAUUCCCUUCCGGGAGCACUGUUACUCCUUCCACAUGGAGCUGCUGUUGGGCCACAAGGAGGCGCUGCAGCGCUGCCAGAGAGCGGGUGGGGCAGUCCUGUCCAUUCUGGAUGAGAUGGAGAACGUGUUUGUCUGGGAGCACCUGCAGAGCUCUGAGGGCCAGAGUCGGGGCGCCUGGCUGGGCAUGAACUUCAACCCCAAAGGAGGCACCCUGGUCUGGCAGGACAACACAGCUGUGAACUACUCCAACUGGGGGCCCCCUGGCCUGGGCCCCAGCAUGCUGAGCCACAACAGCUGCUACUGGAUCCAGAGCAGCAAUGGGCUGUGGCGGCCCGGGGCCUGCGCGAACACCACCAUGGGAGUCGUCUGCAAGCUCCCGCGAGCUGAGGAGAGCAGCUUCUCCCCGUCAGCCGCGCUCCCCGAGAACCCAGCGGCCCUGGUGGUGGUGCUGACAGCCGUGCUGCUGCUCCUGGCCCUGCUGACCGCGGCCUUGGUCCUCUACCGGCGGCGACGGAGCGCUGAGCGAGGGGCCUUCGAGGGCGCCAGGUACAGCCGCAGCGCCUCUGGGCCCAGCGAGGCCACUGAGAAGAACAUUCUGGUGUCUGACAUGGAAAUGAAUGAGCAGCAGGAGUAGAGCUAAGGGCGUGGGCAGGGCCGGACCAGGAGGAGCUGGGGAGGAUGGGCCCUGGGUCAGCCGGAGCCCCCCAGCUAUCAGGCCAGCCGGCCUAUGGAGGGGUGUCCUUGAAGCCACUGUUAGGAUCUGGGGCUGGGCAAGGCCUGGGCUGGUGAGGACUGGGCCGAACCCAGCUGGGUGCAGUGUGGCGUUUCCCUUUUGGGGGGGCCUAAGGUCUUGUCACCUGGGCCUGAGUCCCCUGCGGCGACCAGAGGCAGGAUGGGAGCCUCUUUCUUCCUCUUUCCCUGCAAGCCCCCUGCCCAGGCCGGCUGCCCAGGCUCCAGGACCCCCUUCCCAUUGCAGAGCCUGAGGGGCCUCCCCCGAGCCCUCACCCAGCGCCUCUUGCUUCUCUCCCUCCCGCCUGGCAGCCUCAGCUCUGAGCAUCUUGCCCAUCUCCCCUCCCUGUGUCUCACCCAGCCCUUCCUUCUGAGCCAGGGUCCCACUGUUGGGGGAGCCCUCUUGCUCUCAGUCGGGGUCAGCUGAGGGGGCUGAGCGUCUGUCACUUCUGUGCUUGCUGGGGUGGCCUCGGGCAUGGCACGAGGGGCCUGGGUGGAGCCUGAGAACCAGUGCAGCCCCGUGGUGUCAGCUGGGCUGGAGACAGGACUGGGGAGAGACACCUGCCCUCCUGGGGGUGACCAGGCUAGGUUCAGGUGUCAUCUCCUGCUGGUUGGGGGAGAGCUCUGUCUCUAAAGAGUCCCCUGUGGGGACCAAAAUAAGUUCCCUACCAUGUCCAGCUCCUGGCUCUGGUUUAGAGAGAGAGAGAGGAGGGGGUUGCCGGAGUGCAGGGGGCCCCAGAGAAGCAGGGGUCGGGGGCAGCUCCAGGCGCCCGCCCUCCAGGCAGUGCAGAGGGACAGCACCCCGGCUCCCGGAGUGGCCUCAUGCAGGGCAGCCGACCCAGUGCCUUUCCACGAGGCCGAAUCCCAGCCCGGUGGGAGCCUACGGCCAGUCCUGGCGCCACUGCGCAGGACAAUGUGAACACAGACUCGAAGACGUGGUCCCUUUUUUGUAGUUCUUAAAUUUUUUUAAUGUGCCAUUAUUGUUUAAAAAAAAGAGAAAAGCAAAGCAAACAAAUAAAACAUCUUUGAGAAGCUUGA